AUGAAGGCCGUUUGCCCGGACCGAGCACCUCGGACCAUUGGCCCGUACGUCCACGCCGUGGUGCACGACGGCCUCGUCUUCACAACCGCGUGCAUUCCUCUCGAUCCUGCGACAAUGAAGAUCGUCGACGGAGGUGCUGAAACCCAGCUACGCCGCAUAUUCGACAACCUCAAGAUCAUCCUCGAAGAAUCCGGCACUACCCUAGAUCACAUCAUCAAGCAGAACGUCUACUUGACCGAUUUCGAACAGUUUGAGGCCUUCAACAAAGUCUCCGCCGAGUAUCUUGGAGACCACAAGCCGGCCAGGGCAACGAUGAGAGUACUUGAGCUGCCCAAGAAAGCGCCCAUGGGCCUGGAUGUUGUGGCGGCUUUGCCCAAGUGA